CAUUUAAAUCUCUCUAUCUCUCUGCAAAACAAAACAAAACAAAAACAAGAAGUGUUCUCUUCUUCUCUUAAGCCCAAGCAUUUGAUGAGCUUUGUAGUGUUGUCCUCUUCGUUUGUUUUCUGAUAUAUACCGAUCUAAUUUACAACUUUAGCAUUUUGGUUCAAUUUUGAAUUGUGGUGAGGAUUGAGAUCGGAAGUAAUGGAGGAAAGAGGAUUUAUGUCACCUUCAUUGGCUAUAUCGGCUUCUUAUCGAGAAGGAGGAAGCAAAGGCAUGUCACGACGGAGGUCAAUGAGACCAAGCUUUGACGCGGAUAACGAGUUCAUGAACCUUCUCCAUGGCUCAGAUCCCGUGAGAAUUGAGUUAAAUCGGCUGGAGAAUGAAGUCAGAGAUAAGGAUAGGGAAUUAUCUGAAGGACAAGCUGAAAUCAAAGCUUUGAGGUUGUCUGAACGACAAAGAGAGAAGGCUGUUGAAGAGCUCACUGAAGAGUUGGGAAAGAUGGCGGAAAAACUCAAACUUAUUGAAAAUCUUCUUGAGAGUAAAAACCUUGAAAUCAAGAAGAUAAAUGAAGAAAAGAAGGCUUCCAUGGCAGCUCAGUUUGCAGCAGAAGCUUCUCUUCGUAGGGUUCAUGCUGCUCAAAAGGAUGAUGACAUGCCUCCAAUUGAAGCUAUUCUUGCCCCUUUAGAAGCUGAACUGAAACUUUCGAGACAAGAAAUUGCUAAACUUCAAGACGACAAUAAAUCAUUGGACCGCCUAACCAAAUCAAAGGAAGCAGCUUUGCUUGACGCUGAAAGGACAGUUCAGUCUGCAUUGGCAAAGGCUUCAAUGGUUGAUGAUCUCCAGAAUAAGAACCAAGAAUUGAUGAAACAGAUUGAAAUUUGUCAGGAAGAGAAUAGAAUUAUAGACAAGAUGCACAGACAGAAGGUUGCAGAAGUUGAAAAGCUUAUGCAGAGUGUUCGGGAAUUAGAAGAAGCUGUUCUUGCUGGUGGUGCAGCCGCAAACGCAGUGAGAGAUUACCAAAGGAAAUUCCAAGAAAUGAAUGAAGAGAGGAAAAUCCUUGAACGGGAAUUGGCCCGUGCGAAGGUAAAUGCAAACAGAGUUGCUACUGUUGUAGCUAACGAAUGGAAAGAUUCUAAUGACAAAGGAGAAAUGCAACAACUACGCGACAAACUUGCCAUAGCUGACCGAGCUGCAAAAUCUGAAGCUCAGCUGAAGGAGAAAUUUUUACUGCGGCUUAGAGUGUUAGAAGAGAGUUUAAAGGGGCCUACGAGCAGCAGCAGCAGAGGCACAUCUGUUGGUAGAAGUUCGAGCAACGGGCCUACUCGAAGACAAUCCCUUGGUGGAGCUGAAACAAGUCCAAAAAUUACAUCAAAUGGCUCGCUGAUUAAGAGAACACCAAGUUCUCAGUUGAGAUCAUUGACUGCUAGUGCAAGCACUGUAUUGAAGCAUGCGAAAGGAACAUCAAGAUCAUUUGAUGGGGGCACCAGAUCAUUGGAUAGAAGCAAAGUGCUAAUAAAUGGACCGAGAUCGAAUUUUCCUUUGAACCACAAGUCUUCUGAAGGAACUAGCAGAGGCGAAUCGCCUAGCUCAAUAAAAGGGGAAGAAGAAUCAGCUGACAAGGCAACAAAUAAUGAUAGCGUCCCAGGUGUCUUGUACGAUCUGCUGCAGAAAGAGGUCAUAACAUUAAGAAAAGCGGCGCAUGAAAAAGAUCAGAGCCUGAGAGACAAGGACGAAGCGAUUGAGAUGUUGGCCAAGAAGGUUGAAACAUUAACAAAGGCGAUGGACGUUGAGGCAAAGAAGAUGCGAAGAGAAGUAGCUGUAAUGGGGAAAGAAGUUGCUGCAAUGCGUGUUGUUGAUAAAGGACAACAAGAUAGUAAGACCAGACGUCUCUCGGUCUCAAAGGGAAACACAGCUCAGCUACUUUCUGGAAGAGUGUCUGGACGAAUCGGGAUGACGAGGAGCACACAGUGACAAACUGAUUCGAUCAAUCACUGGUUGGUCUCUGUGGCUUGCCUUAAGGUUCUUGUACCAAAUUGAGAGAAGGGAUUCAAAAGCCGAAAGAGAUAAUCGUGUAAAGUACCUGAUUGAUUCGAUGUGUGUUUCUCUAAAGCAUUCCAACAUUCAAGGUAAAGGGAGACAUUGACUUCACUUAGCUGAUAUAUUUCUUACUCUGUUGCGUUAUGUAUAGUAGUACUGCAGUAGUAGAGGUAGGGUUGUUUUGUUCAACAUUUUAAGCUUUUUUACUCUCUUGUUUUGUGUGUGUCACUCUCUCCUCUUAGUUAAUUUUCUUAUUAACCUCGAUUAUAUUGGUAGCCUAAUUUUUUAUCUUUAAAAGAACUCUUCUUGGUGUUCAAAAAAAGAACUGGUAAAACCCAAAAAAGCUAUAUACAAAAAGAGAGAGAGAUAGAGUUAAUGAACACCACAUGAGUUAUAAGAACACCAUCAUUGAGAUUUGAGAAGGAUAUUUACAACAUUUGUAGUCAGACUUUAUUGGGAAAAAAGUACAUUUGUAAUGUAAUCAGGUCUUAAUGAUAAUUAGUAGUUUUGACUUUUGAGUAAAAAAGAAAGAAAAAAAGAACAUAACCACAUGAAUUGAACCGGUUCCGUAUCAUUGACCGGUACGCGUUUAGCGACGUGGGAUUUGAUAUAUUUUCACUUUCGGUCCAAAAGUAUUAUAUAUUUGAG